GACUCGGCAUGCUGCAAGUUGCGUUUCAAAAAUGAAGCUGCUCGUUUAUUGUUUCGUGUUUGGUGCGGUUUUAUAUGUUGACGCAAGUGAUGGUGUCCGUGAGACGGAGGAUGCUGUCAAUCAUUCAACCAACGGGACGCCAGGAAACGGGAUAGAGAUGAUCCUAAACAAGCUUGAUGUUGUGGUUGACAAGCUGCAGAAGUUGGAAGACAAAGUAAAGAAAAUGGAGAAUGAUAUUCAUGAGCAUCGGUCCACCUUCGAAAAGAGCCAAAAAGACAUCUAUGCUGCGGUUCAUAAGCUCCAGUAUGAUGUCGCAUUUAAUUUAACCGAGAUCCAAAAUCGAAACCAGGAGCAGAUCCCACUUCAUAAACUCGGUCAGCCUAUCUUUUCCUCGUGUAAGGAUGUGCCAUCGAAUGUCUCGGACACCUAUACGAUCCGUACAGAGAGUGAUAGUGAACCGUUCAAAGUGUAUUGUGAACAGUAUAAGUUUGGAGGAGGAUGGAUAGUGUUCCAGUACCGCCACGACGGGUCACUGAACUUUUAUCAGAAUUGGAAUGAGUUCCGGGAUGGAUUUGGCGAUCUACAAAAAGAGCACUGGCUAGGCCUUGAAAAAAUCCAUCAGAUAACGAAGCGACAAAGACAUGAAUUGGUUAUUGAAAUGAAGGAUUUUAAUGGAACGUACAAGUUUGCGCGAUAUGAUGCGUUCGAAAUCGGUAGUGAGAAGGAGCAGUACAUUUUGAAGUCGGUUGGAACGUACAAUGGAACUGCAGGUGAUGAAAUGCGGUAUCAUAACGGGAAGAAGUUCUCGACGAAGGAUCGGGAUAACGAUGACAAACCCUACCAGAACUGUGCCCGUUCUCGUGAAGGUGCCUGGUGGCACGGAAGAUGUAACGAUGCAAAUUUAAACGGUCGCUACAUAAAUGCUGACGAUGGAAAAUCAAUGUCUUGGUUUCCAUUCAAUUCCAAUUGGCAAGGAUUGAGUUUCUCGAGAAUGAUGAUCAGGGAGCUGGAGUAGAGU